AUGGGUUUAUUACAUUACUUUCUUGGCCUUCAAGUCCAUCAAACUGAAGAGGGAAUAUUUCUUUCACAAAGGAAAUAUGCUAGAGACCUACUCAAUAAAUUUGGCAUGCUUAAUUGCAAGCAUGCGGCUACUCCAAUGAAUAUCAGUGAGAAAUUGCAGCAGGUAAAUGAAGAAGAAUUAACAGAUGCAAGGAGGUUCAGAAUUCUGAUAUAUUUGACGCAUACUAGACCCGAUAUUGCAUAUCAUGUUGGUGUUAUUUCUAGGUUUAUGCAACAACCUUCAAAAGUACACUAUGGGGCAGCAAAGAGAGUUUUGCGGUACAUUGCUGGAACUUUGGACUUUGAUAUUUGGUACUCCAAAACUGAUAAUUUCAGAUUGUGCGGGUACACAGAUAGUGAUUGGGCAAGUUCAUUGGACGAUAAACGGAGUGUUUCGGCGAAUGUUUUCACUCUAGGUUCAGCAAAGGAGGAAAUAUUAUUGGAAUAUUGCAGCACACAAGAGCAGUUGGCUGACGUAUUGACAAAGGCUUUAUCGAAGGAGAAAUUCUGCUAUUUCAGAGGAUUCUUUGGUGUCUGUACUUUUGAAUCAAGAGGGAAUGUUAAAGAGUGA